CUCUCCACUCUCCCCAACACCAUCUACGGCCGCCCUAGUACCGCGCUGUGACGCUCUAUCCUCUGCCCUCCCCUUCCUGCUGUGGCUCCACCGACGCCCUCGCCAGCGCGACGAAGCGAACAGUGACGGCAACCAGCACACGAACCGCCCGGCUGUGAUUGGCAGCCGGCCGCCCUAUUUGACCAACGCACUGAGGCAGUGGCACAUGCGUCUUUGAGUCUUCGUCUCGCGCGCUGCCGAUCCGACGAGGCACACUUCCCGACCAAGGCAGAUGUGGACGUCGAGACAGGCGGGCCGACGUCUUGCGCUCCGCAUGAAAACACCACCCCGAGCCUCGUGAAUGCUCACUCUGACACGACACCGACCCACAUCCCUCAAGCACUCGACGAGCAGACACCAUGUCGUACUACGGCAACGGGCAGAACUACUACAAUCCCAGCAUCCCGCCGUCGAGCGGGAGCGGGGCCGCCGGCCAGUAUCAGAACCCCUAUGAUCGCAGGACGCCAAGCACCGAUAAUGGGGACCAUGCCAACGGUGGAGCCGCCAGCUAUGGCUACGGCGCCGCAGCCAGGCGCAACAGCUUUGCCAUGCGCCAGAACGAUGAGCUCUUCAUCGGGGACAACGGCUCGCGGCACGCGAACCCGCCGCCGCCCACAUCACCCUCAACCGCCGGGUACAGCGGCGGCUACCAGUAUCAGUCCCAGGCACAAGCGCAGUCGCAGUCGCAGUCACAGUCGCAACCACAGCUGCAGCCGCAGUUACAGCAGCAACAGCAACAGCAACAGCAACAGCAACAGUACAAUCCCCAGCACUACGGCUCUCCCGUCGUGGCCCAACCGAACCCCACUACCUACGGCGGCGUCCAGCGGACCUUCACCACCAUCUCGCACCAGCCCUACAACCCCGCCUUGUAUGCUGAGAGCAGCCUGAACAGGAACAACACCGUCAGCCAUCCCUAUGGCUUCUCCCCCACCUCUCCCUCGGUCGCGUCAUACCCAUCCCCCACCUUCAAUCAGCACUCGCAGUUUGGCAGAACAGCCUCUGUCCAGGGAGGUCGGUCAGCUUACACGCCUCCCGCGCCGCCGCCUCUUCCCGUGCCCCCUGGUAGCGCAUCGUCCCCAGCCGACGAUUGGGGCAACUAUCCAGCACGGCAGCCGUCUAACGCGAAUCCUUCGCACUCGUCCCACUAUCAUCGCACCUCCGACGCUUCCCAUGCCCCGCUUCCCUCCCCACCGACGUAUGAGACGGGCUACUCACAGGAGCGAAUUGACAGAUACCCAUCAACCUCCAGUCACCACUCAAACCCCCUCCCACCUACGCCGCCUGCGCCUCCCCAUCGGUCGUCCGAGUGGACGGCGGCGAUGGGACGUCGCCCGCUUCCACCCCCACCACCGAACGAAUCUGAUAGCGAUGAUUACUUCGCCCGGCAGAACGGCGAUACCUAUACACAGGACGAGCUGUUCACUCAGGUUGAGAGUAUGGCAGCGGGUUCCAGUCCCGGAUAUCCGCCAACCGUCCAGAUUCAGCAGCCGAAUGGAAGCCAAUACUACGCCAGCUCUAUGGAGCCGCAGCCAUCCGGCCGAAAUGGUGGUCCUGUCAAUGGAGACCACCUUGCACCGUACCCCGCGCAGGAGCAAUACACUAGCGACGAAAGCGACGUGGAAGCUGCUGCUGGCCUAGCUGCUCUCCGUAUGGCAGAGGCGCAAGAGGAGGCAGACGAGGCGCGGAGACGCAGCGGGGGCACUGGGCUUUUCAGCGCCUAUGCAUCCAUCCACUCCCUGCAGAUUCCAGCCAGCUCUAGCCAUCCGGUGCAAGAGAGCGCCAGUGAUAGCGACUGUGUACCUGUAGACGUGGAUCUGUAUGGAGGGAACUUCGCACCCCAUUUCGCCUACGGAGGAGGACCACAGGCUUUGGCGACCGGGCCUGGCUUCGAAAACCGUAGCCACCCGGUCUCUUCGUCGGGCUCGCAGCGCCGCUCCGAAGCUGCGAGUGACGACUACGACCCCAUCCAUCCAUUCCCACCUUUCUCUGCGACCGCUAGGGUUGAUACUUCCGGGACUGGCGGUCUUCAAGAGCCCAGUGCCAGGCGAAACAGCUAUGAGGAGGGAGAUGAGAUCGGCCUUCUAGACUACCAAUCGCCUGUUGCCGGGGAGCCCCCAGACAUGUUCUAUCACCCCGGCAUGUCUACGAACCGGCCGCUCCCUCCCCCGCCCGCAAACAGCAACCGUCGUGGCCACCAUCAAAGCACAAGCUCCGCUGGCUCGUACGAAUACUGGCGAAACUCUCACUCAUCGCGUGGGUCUUAUCCCACCGACCCCCAGUCUCUGCAGAUGCAAGCCCCUGGUGGCACUCUUGUUCCUCGAUCCACUUCACUACUUCAACACAGCAACACAUCCCAAGUCGUUCCGCUUCCCCGAUCCAAAACGGAUGCUGAGCAACACAGAGCUAGGCAACAAAACCGGAACACAUUCUAUGGAGGCGCUAUCGACAGUGAUGGCAACACUCUCACCCCUAGUAGUGCCGAUGCUGUAGCUAUUGAUUUACCUACGCUCCCAGCUGGCAAGCGGUUCAAUCCUGCGAAGUUGUCUAGCAGCGACUUUAAGAAGUGCACUGAACCAUGGGCACUUAGCUCGAUUAUCUCUUGGCUAAAGAGCAUGACCGAAGGCGAGGCUGACUUGAAAGAGCACGCCAUCAACGAGGGGCUCGUCGCUCUUUUCACGCACAAGGUGCCAACCAUGAACAUUGCAGAUGCUGAGACGCUGAGCAGCCGGGUCGUAGCCGAGAUGUUUAAAGCGGGCACUCUCGUACAUGAAGAAGAAUGGCUUAAGUUCUCAUCCGAGACCAUGACUGGGGUCAUAUUCCAAUUAACAGGCGCGGGUUGCUACGCACCGUUGUUGCACAGUUACUCCACUCCAGGCCGUUGCUACUCACAUCAUUGUCAGAGGACGCUCAAGAAAAUUGACUUGCUGUCACAAUCUGGUGCGCCACAGUCAGAUGACUGGGCAACUUUCUACAAGCUCAAGAAGGAGGAUGUCGAAGGUGCGAACAAAAAGGAAGUCGAGCGACAGAACAUUCUGCAUGAAAUCGUACAGGGAGAGGACAACUACAUGGAACGUCUUGACGUGCUUCGCACCCUCUACCGAGACAGACUCCUCUCUGGGCAGCCUCCGGUCAUCCCUCCCAAGAAGCUGAACAAAUUCAUACGAGAUGUUUUCGGCAAAAUAGACGCCGUCAAGAAGGCCAACGAAGACCACCUUUUGCCUCAGAUGAAGUAUAGACAACAAGAGCAAGGGCCAUGGGUUGUCGGAUUCAGCGACAUCUUUAGGGAAUGGAUUCGCAAAGCAAAGCAGGCGUACAUUGAGUAUGCCUCUGCUUUCCCAUAUGCCAACUUUCUCGUCCGACAGGAAGCGGAUAAGAACAUGUUGUUUCGUUCUUUCUUGGAUGAAGCUCGAGCAAAUAAGUUGUCCAACAAACUUAGUUGGGAUACCUAUCUCAAGGCUCCAAUUACCCGGUUGCAGCAUUACGGCCUGCUCCUAGGUACGGUUUUGAAAAGGUCAACACAAGACAAUGAGGAGAAACGCAACCUCCAAAUUGCUAUGGACGAGAUCAAGGCUGUGACGUUGGAGUGCGAUAACCGGGUGGCCGAGAUGUCGCGGAAGGUAGAUUUGACCGACCUCCAAGCCAAGCUUAUCCUUCGACCGGGCAUGCAGCGCGUCGAACUCAAUCUAGACCACCUUGGACGAGAGCUCAUCUUUAAGGGUGACUUGCAGAGAAUGGGUGGUAAUCGAUUUACUUGGCUUGAGACCCAUGCGCUACUAUUCGACCAUUAUCUAGUAUUGGCAAAGACUGUUACGUACAGGGAGGCAGAUGGAGUGACCAAGUCAGAGAAGUAUGAUGUGUCGAGGCUGCCCAUCCCCAUGGAUCUCCUUGUUCUUGAGAGUGAAGAUGACGACCCUGUUGUUCGGUCAGCCGUGAAGGGAAUCGCCGCUGUUACCACCGUGACCGGAAAAGUGGCAGCUCAGGAGUCGCGCCUCGGCCGAGCAACGACAAACAGCCCUGGGCCGGGUACACUUCAGCAUACGAAUACUUCCAACUCCCUCUCCUCCACGAAUACGGGUUCUUCAGGCAAGACAAUGGUGAACGCCACCGUUCUAGAUGCUGGGAAGGACGAGAAGAUAAUGUUUCCUUUCCGGAUCAAGCACCUAGGCAAAGAAACCUACACUCUGUUUGCUCCAACCGCGCAAAAUAGAGCCGAGUGGUGCGAUAAACUUAUUAUUGCGAAGACCAAGCACGCAACAGCGCUGUUUGCACAAAAUGCGGAACCCUUCAGACUACGUGUUAUGUCUGAUGCCGCUUUUGCUUAUGAAACCGCUAUUCAAUCGCAAAGAAGCAUCACAAUCAAGGGCACUCCUCUUGAUCGAUCGAUAGAGGAGGUGGAGAAGCUGUUCUCAAAUUCGGGAAGGCCAGCUCCCAUCUGCCGAGCUCGGGUCAACUGCGCGACUGCUUUCCAUCAGCCAUACGGCAAGCCGAUGGUUGCGGUUGGCACGGACAUUGGUGUCUUCAUAUCGGAAUAUGACAACCCCCGAGGUUGGACAAAGGCCAUCCAAAUACCAAAAGUAACCCAAGUCGCGGUUCUCGAGCAGUUUAGCCUAAUGCUGCUCAUAUCUGAUAAAUCUCUAAUUGCAUACCACCUCGAUGCCGUAUGUCCUGUUGGCGGCUCUCUCCCAUCCAACGAUUCUACGCGUAGAGCUCCCCAGAAACUCUCCGGUGCCCGUGACGUGGGGUUCUUCGCCACGGGGGUAAUGAAAGACAGGGCGCUCGUCUUUUACAAGAAGCGCGAUGGUAUUUCAUCGACCUUUAAAGUUCUGGAGCCUGUGUAUCAGAAGUCUACAGAGAAGAAAUCACGAAUAUGGAAGUCCGGUCGCACUGAGUUCUUCCGCGAGUACGACGAAUUCUACAUUCCCGCUGAAUGUUUUGGCAUAAACCUGUUCCAUUCAUCGCUUGCUAUCUCCACUGCCAAAGGAUUCGAGGUUCUGACCUUGGAUAAGAAACAGCCUUGGUCCGUGCCUGAUCUCAAGGCACCGCAUGUUGCGACAAUAGCAUCGCGACUCCAGAACCAGGACCCAUUAGGCAUGUUUCGCCUAUCGGACCAAGAGUUUUUGCUGUGCUACGAAGAGUGUGCUGUGUACGUUAACAAGCAUGGCGACAUUUCUCGGUCGGUGAUUAUGGAGUUUGUUGGGAAAGCUAAGAGUGCAGCUCUGUACGGCCCGUAUGUGCUCCUGUUCGAUCCUGAUUUUGUGGAGAUCAGGAACGCACAGAACGGACGUUUGAGGCAGGUUAUUGCCGGUAGAGACGUGAAAUGCUUAGAUGAUGGCUUGAGUGGUGGUUCCUCAGGGAACCGGACGGUCAAGCUGAGUUUACAGCAUCCGGCUCAGGAAAGGUGUCAGAUUGUUGUUGAAUUGUUGCUUAAUGAGGGCCAGAAGGAGUGAUUUGGAGAAGAGAUAUCGAUUGACUCAGACAGAUGAGGGCUUCGAUGACUGCAUAUAUGUUUGAGCGGUAAUAACUACGUAGCGUUGGAUUGGAGCGGAAAAGCCAUUUUGGAGUUGGGAAGACGGGCUAGAUGAAGGCCGAAAUGGCCUCUUGACACGCAUGGACUGGGACUGGAUUGGAUUCGGAUAUGACGACUUUUUGGGACCAAUUGAUGAUGCUGGGUGGCUUGCUUGCUUGACCAUGUAUUUGUUUAAGUUCUAAAGGAUACCUUGUGUUUAAUGGGUCGACCUGUGGAGAGCCGAGCGGGAGUUGGUGUAUAUUCUUUCUUACAUAGCGGCACGUUUAUGACUUGCAAAUUUCUGGACUCGG